UUGGUUACAUUACCGAGAAAUGUCAAAUGUCAAAUUUUGACGUAAGCUCUGUAAGUUGUGAUUUUUUAAAAGAUUGAUUUGAUUGAGAGGAUGGUUUUAACGAAGGAAUAUCGUGUUUGUAUGCCUAUGACUACUGAGGAGUACAAAAUAGGGCAGCUUUAUAUGAUUGCGAGACAUAGUUUGGAGCAAUCCGGAGAUGGGGAAGGAGUUGAAGUUGUCGAAAAUAAAGAGUGUAGUGAUCCCGAACACGGAACAGGGCAUUACACUGAAAAAAGGAUCCAUUUAUCCAGUCGAUUACCGUAUUGGAUUCAAGCCUUAAUCCCAAAAGUAUUUUAUAUAACGGAGCGGGCGUGGAAUUAUUACCCAUUAACAAUAACUGAAUAUGAUUGUUCCUUCAUUCCUAAAUUUCACAUAACGAUUCAAACUAAGUAUGAAGAUAAUAAUGGAUCUACCGAAAAUUGCUUAAAUUUAACUCCCGAACAAUUAUCGGAGAGAAUCGUCGAAUACAUCGAUAUAGCCUACGAUGAGUUAUCCUCAAAACAUUAUAAAGAAGAAGAAGAUCCUUUAUAUUUCCAAUCACGAUUAACCCAUCGUGGCCCUCUCGUUGAUGGUUGGAGGAACUCUUUCACACCGGUUAUGUGUUCCUACAAAGUUGUUAAUGUUUAUUUCGAAGUGUGGGGGCUCCAAACGAAAGUGGAGGACUUUUUGCAUGCUUCGAUAAGAGAAGUUUUGUUGUUGGGGCAUCGACAAGCUUUUACUUGGAUCGAUGAGUGGUACAAUAUGAGUUACGAGGAUGUUAAAAAGUAUGAAUCGCAAUUGCAGAAAGAAACGAAUAAUAUUCUUCAAAACGAGGAUGAUAAAAAGGUUGUGGAGGAAGCCAAUAACAAAGAUGAAGAUGUUAAUUUAGAAUCUCCUAAAACGCCAAGUAAAAAAGGAUAUUUCUCGUGGUUUUAAUAAUUAAAAUAAAAUUAAAAAAGAAAUUUUAGUUAAUUAAUUUAUUUUUUGUUGGGUUUGUAUUCGAAUUAUCUUCCUAUUAAUUACUGUUGAUCUCUACCUUUUUUAAUUUUUAAGAAUUGUUGAUCUGUUAUGAAUCUAUAAAGAAAAUGAUUUAUAAAAAAUUGUCUUAUUUUUUAACUUUUAGGUUUAUUCAUACAAAAUCGUAUCAUCCCUUCCACCUCAAAACGAAUUCUGAUCCCGGGGACAUCCCAAAACCCUUCAACUCAACAAAAUCCAUAUCCUAAACGCGUAAAAUGAACGCAUGCGUCGGUUUUGCAUGCGUUUUAAAACGUGUUAGUGUUGGUGGCGCGCAGCAUUGGAAGCCACUCGAACAACAAAGAGGACGAAACGUCGACGAGGAGAGGUAGUGGAGAAGGUUUUUUGGAAUUGGUUGGUUGGAGGGGAAAAGGAGGAGAUACCGCGUCGCGGUACUGGAAUCAAGCAACCUUAGGUCAGUUUGUGGUGUUAACUAACAGUACUGAUCGAGCAACCGUGUGAGGGCACCGAGUUAAACCGUAACCAAAGAAACGCGAUACAUCUCUACUAUUACAACAACAUUUUUGUUUGGUUUUCUUCGUUUUUCACGUUACAAGUUUUUGCGGUGAUUGAACUUGAGUCGAAGAAAAGAAAUCGAGAAAAUUAAUGAUAAG